UCGAACAGCCCAGAAACAAAAACAUGAACCCUAAUUUCACAUUACUAUAUAGAGAGCUUAUAGUCAAAUCCUCCGAAGCUAGGGUUUCUUUCUGCAACCAAAGAAAUGGGAAAAGGAACAGGGAGCUUUGGGAAGAGGAGGAACAAGACCCACACGCUAUGUGUGCGAUGUGGACGCAGAAGCUUCCACCUCCAGAAGAGUCGCUGCUCCGCCUGUGCCUUUCCUGCUAGCCGCGUCAGAAAAUAUAACUGGAGUGAGAAGGCCAUUCGCAGAAAGACAACCGGAACCGGCCGAAUGAGGUACCUCCGUCAUGUGCCUCGCAGGUUCAAGACUAACUUUAGAGAAGGUACUCAAGCAACUCCAAGGAACAAGGGAACAUCUGCAGCCCCUUGAAGUGUGGAAGGGCAUGCUGUUCUGUUUUUUUUUUUUU